UGCUGCUGUUGUAACAGAAACCGCAAUCUCGAGCGUGAGCGUGAACAUGAACUCGAAGGUGAACGAAAGCGAAUGCAUGAAAGGGAUCUACAGAGAGAAAGAGAUCACAAAAACCUCCUUGAGAAACUCCGAACCACUCCGAUGGCAGCCAUCGCUCCAACGGGACCACUUUCUAAUCCAUUACCUCAAAUGCCACGACCACAGCUUCCUCCGUUUCCGACCCAAGCACCCCUACCCUCAGCGCAGAUACAGGCGCCUCCAAUUCAAACCAGUGAUAGAAAUCUGGACGUCUUAAGUACACUACCAGUAGCUCAGUACGACUCAGUGAGUAUGGCUACCGGAUCGGGUGCAAAUUGGUUCAGUAGUGCUGGCGGCGAUGACGCCGCUAGGGAGAUAUAUUCCUCUACUAAUCUUGGCGGUGGCAUUUACGAUAACUUCGGUGGGAAAGGGUCAUCUUUAUCAAGUGGAGCGGAUUGGCGAGAGCUAGCUCAUUGGUAUCGAGAACAAAACUGGGGACUUGACAGUGACUGGUCUUCCAGGGGGGGACACCUGGGGGGUCAUGGAUAUGGCCACAGCUAUGGUAAGAACGAUCAUAAUAAGCAUGGCGGAUGCAGCAAUAAAAACCAUAAAAUCAACGACAUUAAAAAUGGACUCCUGAAAGCUGGGGCCACUGCACUUUAUGUCAAGAAAAUCGGCAUUGCGUUCCUUGUAGCCCUUCUAGCACCUUCAAUUGUCAUUACUGUACUCGGCCCAUUCCUAAUCGCUCUCAGCUUAGCACCGUUAAACUUCCAACUCUAUGGGUUUUCUCCAGCUGCCCUAUCUACUCAACAACAAGCGCGGCAGCAGAAAUUCAUUGUGCCAGGACAACAACUACGUUCACAGCAAAUUCAACAGUCGCAACCCCUUGACAAGUAUUUAGCAAUCAAGACUCCAUCCGAUGGUUCGAAGGCGGUUAAGGUACGGAAACGCCGUAAUAUAUCCAAUCUGCCUAAAUUCACACUAAGGUCAACAGGACAUUCUUGGCCAGAUAAGUAGUACUCAACAAUACCUUUAGCUUCGCACCCCGUGUCGAUAAAGCACCGACGAUUGUUAGGCUGAUUAAAUCAUUUCUAACGUCGGAGGCAGAUAAUCAUUAGAUAAGGCCAAUUAAGUUAUAUUAUAGAAGAGUCCAGCUCUACUUUAUCAUAUCCGGAUGCAAUACGUCAUAUGACGCAUUUACAAGAUAACAUUCUAAAUAUGUGUGUGUGUUAGGCUAUAAAAAUCAGAAGUUUUAACUCGAUCCUCAGAAAGCAAAUAAAAGGCACGAAAAUAGCACGUAUAUUGUUUGUAGGUACAAGACUUACAUCGAAGAUAUCAUAUUAAAUUAUUUAAGAAUUUUUUGCUCAUUAGUUACUGUUUCCAAUUACUCGUUUGCUCAUGAUAGAGUAUUACCUAAAACGUCCUUUCAUUGAUCAACCCAUCCAACGUUAUCGUUUUGUCUAAAAGUUUACAAAUGCAUUUCAAUUUGGUUACAUGUCAUUUGUUAGCAAAGAACAAAAUAUAAGAUAAUCGGAAAUAAAAAAGAACAUUGACAGUGAUUAAGUUAUAAAGUAUGUU